AUGAGCAAGGUCGCUCUCAUCACAGGCGGCACCAGUGGAAUAGGUCUUGCGGUUGCCAAGCACCUAGAACAAACCGGUGAUUGGCAGGUCAACAUUAUUGGCAGCAAUCAAGAGCGAGGCCAAGCUGCGGCUUCUCUCUCCAAUCUUACAUUCUACCAAACCGACGUGCGAAACUAUCAACAACAAGCCGCUGUAUUUGAGCGGAUUUUCAAUGCAGCUGGACGGAUAGACUUUGUCUUUGCGAAUGCCGGAAGAGGAGAUUACACUGAUUUCUUUGCCAAAUGUGAUGCUGGCAUCCCGCCUGACCCGGGUUCGGAACUUGUCGAUAUUAAUCUGAAUGGCGCUCUAUAUACCAGUUACCUCGCGAUGCAUUAUUUUCGUCGCUCUCCGGAGUCAACAAAGGGGUAUAGGAACUUGAUCCUCACUUCCAGUAUCGGGGGACUAUACCCGUGCAUGCUAACUCCGGUGUACUCUAGUACUAAACAUGCGCUCAUUGGAUUCACUCGAUCUGUCGGAGAGAGACUUUGGGAAGAGGGAGUCCGGGUCAAUGCUCUGUGCCCUGGGGUGGUGGAAACGCCCCUCUUUUCCGUUGAAGCGUUUAUGUCAAUAUUCCCACGGGAGGUAUCUAUCCCUAUGGAUGUUGUAAUUGGUGUAGUAUCACAACUCCUGUCUGGGGCGGACAUGGUGGAUGCCAAAGGGAUGUGUGUCACUGGCGAUGAGAUGCAUUCCCGGGCUGUUCACAUUUCAGGCGAGAACUUCUUUUUCAUUGAAAAGCCCGAGAUUUAUGAUGAGCAGACUCGGAUAACCUGGGCUGCAAUGAUGGGCCAUAAAUAA